AUGGACACUCUCCACGCCCAAGAAGAAGAAAUGAACGCAACCCUCCAAGAAGCCCUAACAUGCACCACCUGCACCCUGCACCUCACCAAAGCGAGUAUGCGUCGUGAUCUAGAAGCGGGUGUAUACGAUCCGUCGCGCGAUCCGCCAUUUUUGCAUUUACACGCGAAGGCCUAUUCGAGUGAGGAGGAUGGGGAUGAUCAUGAUUCGGAUUACUUUGAUCCAAAUGACUCUGCGUCUGCAUCCAGGUUUGAGAGUCAGUCUGAUUCUGGCUGUUAUUCUGAGGAAGACGACGAUGAAGACGACGAUGGAGAAUGGGACGAAGGAGAAGGGAUAUCCCCCCUCUCCAAACCAACUCGCAAGCAAAUGCCGCGAUAUGCGCGCCUGAUCACGCCGCUUCAACGACUCUCGUACCAGUCUUGUGUUUCGGAUGUUCACGAUCAAGGGCGGAAACAGGGACUUGAACCGGUCAAGGCAGUUAAGAAUGAUGAAGAGGAUGAGGAUCUUCGCUUUGCAUAUUACCAAGUCGACUACCACAUUCAUCUGCACGAUCGUGCGCGCUGUAACAUGUUGACGCUCUGUCGUGAUAUUGAGGAUGUGAGGCAGUUGCGUGGAUGGGAGGUUGAGAUGAGGCAGUUGGACGCGGCAGAGGCUGGAGUAGUCGAUUAUUCUGAUCCUACUACCACUUCCACUACUACAGCAGCAGCAACAACAUCAGCAGAAAACGAACUUUUCAUAGUCCAUCAGACAGCAUUGUGGAAACGACGCUGGCGACUCCGACAGAGACGCAUCAACGAGACGAGAAGAAAAUGGGCGCAGAUUAUGGCAGAGCGCAAGAGGCAGCGUGAGCAGUUGCUACUGGAAAGACGGAAGAUGUUUCGCGCCAAGGUGAAGUUAUAUACCUGGAAGGAAGGGGAUAAGGUGAUGCUUAGGGAGUUGGAUUUGUAA